AUGGCAGAAAGGUUAGAUCAAAUUUCUGAUGUAUUAAAAACUUUGGUGGAAACAGUGAAUGUAAUAUCUCGUAGGGAGAGGGAGACUCCUCAUGAUAGAGAUAAUGAUACUAGACCUCAUGAUGAAAGGGGUGGGGCUCAGAGAAAUUUUAGAUUGGAUUUCCCACAUUUUAAUGGAACUGAACCUGCUGGUUGGGUCUUUAAGGCCAAUCAAUACUUUGACUGUUUUCAAGUUCCAUUUCAUCAGAAGUUAAUGGUAGCUUCACACCAUAUGGAUGAGGAAGCUUUGGUUUGGUACCAAACUGGUUUAGAUUCGGGGCAAUUUAAUUCUUGGGAGACCUUAGUGGUAGCUUUACAAACAAGGUUUGGACCAUCCUCAUGUGAUGAUCCUAUGGAAGCUCUUACUAGGUUGAGACAAACUUCUUCUAUGACAAAGUUACAGGAGGAAUAUGUGCUGUCCUCCAGAAAAUCUUGGAGACCUACUAAUCAUUAUGCUGAUAAGUGGCCAAUUAACAGCACUGCCCUUAAUGACUCAGCUUCUCAAAAUCACAAAGGAUUGUUGCCUUUUAAGAAGGUAAACCCUUCUCAUAUUGAUGAAAAGAGGAAAAAGGGCCUGUGUUUCCAUUGUGAAGAAAAAUGGAACCCGACUUAUGUGUGUAAGAAACCAAAAGUCUAUUUUAUUCAACUUGAUUCUGAUAUAGAAAACCAACUAAAAGUUGAGGAGUCUGAGGUUUCUAUUCCUGAAGAGCCAAAGUCUGAUGAGGUUGAUAGUCUGGAAGUUUCUGUCAAUGCCAUUUCUGGUUGUAUUGGUGGUAAUGCUAUAAGAUUGCAUGGAUAUGUGGGCUCUUGUGUUGUUGAAGUUCUGGUUGAUUCAGGGAGCACACAUAAUUUUUUGGACCCUUUAGUAGUUAAAGAAGCAAAGUUGAGGGUUCAGCAAGAUUCCUGUUUGCAAGUCUGUGUGGCUAAUGGGGAAAGAAUUGUGACUCAAGGCAAUGGGCAGGAAGUUAUUAAGAUUCAAGGCUCGAGGUUCCUUGUUCCUUUUCAUGUUCUUUCUUUAGAAGGUUGUGAAGUAGUACUUGGCGUCCAGUGGUUGAAGACAUUGGGCUCGAUUACUUGGAAUUUUUUGGAUAUGUCCAUGAGCUUUAAUUGGGAGGGUCAAGCCACUAAACUGAAGGGACUAACUUCUAUAAAUGUUCAAAUGUUGGCUGGUGCUAUAGGCUUCGAGUCUGAUUUUGUGAAUAAGCAUAGUUGGUUAUUGCAAUUGAUGCUUGUUAACAAAGAGCCUCCUAAAAUGUGUGAAGAAGGACCAAUGUCUGGGUUACUCAAGGAGUUUGCUAAUGUUUUUGAGGAACCAGUGGGACUGCCACCAAGAAGAGAAUUUGACCAUCCAAUUAACUUGAAGGAAGGGGCCUUACCUGUUUCUGUUAGACCUUACAGAUACCCUCAUUACCAGAAGUCUGAAAUAGAAAAAAUUGUUCAUGACUUGUUGCAUUCUGGUGUGGUGAGACCUAGCCAGAUUCCAUUUUCUUCUCCAGUUUUGUUGGUUAAGAAAACUGAUGGAACUUGGCGUAUUUGUAUUGAUUAUAGAUCCUUAAAUAAGGAAACUAUUAAAGACAAGUUUCCAAUCCCUGUUAUAGAUGAACUUUUGGAUGAAUUGUUUGGGGCAAAGAUUUUUUCCAAGCUGGAUUUAAGGGCUAGCUACCACCAGAUUCGAGUAAGAGAAGGGGAUAUUGAGAAAACUGCCUUGAGAACACAUGAAGGCCAUUACGAAUUCUUAGUGAUGCCAUUUGGGCUCACUAAUGCACCUGCCACCUUUCAAGGGUUGAUGAACCACAUCUUCAAACCUUUUUUAAGGAGAAAAUUCAUUAAAGGCUAUGGUUCAAUAGCAGCUCCUCUAAUUGAAUUGUGGGAGAAACAUCCUUUUUGUUGGAAUGAAAAAGUUGUUGUUGCUUUUGACAUGUUGAAAACAACAGUUAGCAAUCCUCCUGUGUUGAGAUUGCCUAAUUUCAAUAAACCAUUCACCAUUGAGUGUGAUGCAUCUGGUGUGGGUCUUGGCAAGGAGAAUGUGGUGGUUGAUGCUCUUUCAAGAAAGAAUGAGGAAGAGCAAGCUAUUUUGGCAGUAAUUUCUUUUCCCACUCCCUUGUGGAUUGAUGAGCUUAAAGGGAGUUAUUCUUUGUGCCUGAGAAUCGCAGAUAUUGUUACUAAGUUGCAGCUUGGGGAACCGGGUCCUAAACAUUUCUCCAUGCAACAAGGGUUGUUAUUAAGGAAGGGUAAGAUGGUGGUUGUUCCUGCAUCCUCUAUGCAAUCCAAAAUUCUUGAAUAUAUUCAUAAUAACCCUCAUGCUGGUCAUGUGGGGUAUCACAAAACAUUGCAUCGUGCUAGAAGAGACUUUUGGAGGGAGGGUAUGAGGAAAGAUGUCAGAAAAUUGGUCAAAGAAUUUGAUCCCUUAUCCAUACCAGAAUCUCCAUGGUUGGACAUUUCCAUGGAUUUCAUUAAAGGGUUGCCUCUUUCAAAUGAAGUUUCUGUGGUAUUUUCUGUGGUUGAUAGAUUAACCAAGUUUGCCCAUUUUUUUUCUCUCUCACACCCUUAUACAACAGCUAAGGUGGCUCAAGUGUUCUUUAAUGGUGUUUUCAAGUUACAUGGCCUACCUCGUUCAAUUGUUUCAGAUAGAGACACAGUUUUCACCAGUGCAUUUUGGAAACAACCAUUUCAGUUGCAAGGAGUUUCACUUGAUUUUAGCUCCUCUUACCAUCCACAGUCUGAUGGACAGAAAGAAGCAUUAAACAAAUGCUUGGAGGGUUACUUAAGGUGUUAUUGCAGUCAAAUACCUAAGGAAUAG